AUGAGCGCUGGCCCCUCAGGGCUCGUCACGGCCAAAACACUACUACACAACUUCUCCCGCGGGACAUUUGCUCCAAUAGUCUUCGAUGCCCGCCAUGAAGUCGGUGGUCUGUGGCCGAAUCAGACGUGUGGCACCCAGGCGAAGAACGCCGGCUCUUCUGGCACUCUGGAUCCCUGGAUGCGGACUAACCUCAGUCGGUUCACGGUGGCAUUCUCUGAUCUCUCAUGGGAGUCUGUUUUAGGGGAUGAUGUUCCAAUGUUUCCGCAGGCUAGGCAGGUUGGUCGGUACCUGUCUGCUUACAGCGAGCGCUACAUCCCGAAGGAAGUGCUCCGAUUGGGUCAUCGAGUUGUCGGUGCAGUAAGGUCUGCUGAGAAUGGGACGGAUUCUCGGUGGAGGAUAUCAUGGGUCAAAGAAAGCGUCCAUGAAACAAAUUCGUCGGGAAACGAAGUAUUCUCUGAGGAUUUUGACUUCCUCGUUGUCGCAUCGGGUUACUUUGCUCGCCCGUAUAUCCCGGAAAUACCUGGGCUGGCACAAUUCACGGGGCAGCUUGUCCAUAGUUCUAAUCUUCAAAAGGGCAAUCAUUCGCUUGCUUCUCCAGGAAAUUGGCCAAAUCGCGGAAAUGUGGUUGUCAUUGGAGGCAGCAUGUCGGGCAUUGAGGCAGCGUCUGCACUUGCACUCAAUGAAUCCUCAUCAAUGUUCAACACCGUCCCAAGGUCUCAGGACAGAACGAGGCAAGCAGUUUAUCACAUAUACUCACGGCCCUUCUGGAGUUUGCCCACGUAUCUUCCACAUGAAACCUCUGAAGAUGCCGUUUCAUUCUUGCCUUUGGACCUGGCUAUGUACGACUUAGGUCGCCGCCCUCCGGGUCCAAUAGAGUAUGCUCUGGGGCCGAUACCGGAGGACAAGGCCGCGAAAACAAAUGAUUAUUUCAACGCCCUUCUCGGAACUGAAUACGGUCAAUUUGGACUCAUGAAUGGUGCUCAAAAUAUACAGAAGUCUACACUUCGACCCCCGUGGGUCGCGAUCGGCAACGACUAUGCAGAGUUUGUUCGGUCCGGAUCAAUCGAAUCUACAAUGGGACGGGCUGCAUCCGUGCAGCCUAAUCCAGACACUAGACUGGCUUCGAUCAAAAUCGAGACCGUCCAUGGUCAAUCUACGACAUUGGAGAACAUAUCAUCUAUCGUACUGGCUACAGGAUUCACGCCCUUUGACUCGCUAUCUUUCUUACCCGCCGAUGUUUUGUCUGCUCUAGAAUACUCAACCGAGGACCCGUUCCUGCCCCUCGUUCUAGACAAAGGCGGCACGUUUCGCUCAGAAAUGCCAGACAUAGGAUUCGUCGGCUUCUACCGCGGUCCUUACUGGGGUAUCAUGGAGAUGCAAUCCAGGUUCCUUGGGGAGGCUUGGAAAGGACGGACCGACGAGUCCUUCAAGACUGAAAGCCAACGAGAAAGCCUCCGAAUUUUGAGACAGCCCGACUCGGAGAUUCGCCGUGGUCAAUUUCCCAUGGGUGACUAUGUAGGGCUGAUGGAAUCCUUCUCGGCAGACAUGGGGAUCACCCGGACGACACUCUCAAACGGCGAUAGCCGGUCUGGACCGGUUGUACCUGCUCGAUAUAUCCAUGGCGCAAACAAUGGAGGUGGCAGCGAGGCUCGAUGCACCUUGAAUAGUCUACAAGCCAUAGCAAACCCCACUCACGAUGCCGCGCAGGCGGCAGCUGCACUAGCUAUAUUCAGAGCUCUCCACGGGAGCUGGCGAUUCAUUCGGUCAACUGCAGCCACUGGCGUGGCAGAGGCGUCCGGUACCGCGGUUUUCCAUCCACGCUACCCUUCAGACCCUGAAUAUGACAGGGAGUAUGUUUUUGAAGAGAAUAUGGAGCCCACUAUUGUGAAGAGUGGGCCCAUAGUGGACCGGACGGCACAGUCGAUGUUUCGUCUAUCGGAAGCCGGUGUCGGCAGUGCCAGCUCGCGAAUCGAGAUAUGGACUGUGGAGCCGGAAGCAAGCGCAAACUCCGACCCGGUUGCUUGUUGUUUGAAGCUGAGACCUCUCUGUCGGAAGCAGAAAGAUGGGAAAUACCUUCCCGGGGAAUAUGUGGUCCACGCCGAGAGCGUUCACCUGACUGAUGCCAAUGGCUUGAGUGAUGCAAGUGCUUCGGGGCAAAAGGAGUACACCUUCCAUUUCAAGGGAGUCUCGAUUUCAUCCUGGGAAUGUGUAUCCCAUGGCAAUGGGUUUGACAAAGGCAAAAGCCCCACCGAGGACCGAUGUGCGGGCUCGCGAACGGUGUAUGAGAGAUGA